CUACUAUUACUUGGCAUAAGGUAACCAGCACUCCACCUGUAGUCCUAGAGGGUAGCCUUCCAUCCAUUGUUCUUCUGUUGUCACAAUACUCCAUCCAUGUUGCUGCUUCAUUAUUAUCCAUUAUUCUUUAAUAUUCUUUAUUAACCUUUAUUAUUUUGUAUUAUUCUUUGUUGUGUGAUUUGCUGGGUUUUCUAUAUUGUUGUAUUCGUUGUAAGUCUGUGAGGUAACCUACUUGUGCCUUGAUCAGAUUUUGCAUGUGAACUGACACUAAACACAUUUUUUUAGCUUUAUUAGUUGUGCACCAGACCUAAUUACUACACAAUGCCUCCACACACUGUAUUGGCUCUAUAUAAAUGAACUAGAUACAUUCACAAUCAAGUACACUAAAGAACUAUAUAUCAGUUGUAUUUAUAGUAAAUUCAUCCCAUUUUAGUUAUAGAUUUUUCUUGGCAUGUAAAAUGUCUUGUUUUCAAUCAGGCCAUGUAAAACGACCUGUUACAGGCAGAAAUGUAUUAAUUACCAUUAGGUAGGUUCUCCUGAGACAUUCUGCCACAUGUCAGGGAUAAUACAACAACCUCAGUGUGGUUGUGAAGUAUUUAGUCACAGAUCCAAAUUCUGCCUGAGAUUGAACCCAUUAAUCUUUCACUGCACUUUCUGAUUUGGUUGUUCUUCAAACCUGUUGAUGUCCAUCUUAUCACCCUCAGUCCUAAUGAGCCUGCUCUUUACAGGUGUGACGUGAAACCCAACUGAAAGGUAAAGCUUUUUAGGUAUGAUCAAAUUAAGGAACAAGCCUGUUUACAUCUGUGCAGAGUCCAACCACUUCUCUGCACAACCAGUAGCUAAAACUACUACUGUAUGGGAAAAAAUAAUUAGAUUCCAUCAAUAAAAGAGUAGUGUUUGAAAAAUAACAUGUUGUGAUGUUAUACACAGUUUUACAGUCCAGUAUACAGUAUAUUUCCAGGAUGUAGAGAAUUUCCAGGGAAUAGAAGUAUUUAAUAAUACUCUAUGAAAUCAUUUGUUUACACUUUAUAUAUGCACUCUAUAAUUACUGUUUAUCAUCCUUCUGACUUUCACCGUGAACAGAAAAGGAAGAACUUCAUUUUACACAGUGUCAGGGUGAACAGUGUGUAGAGGAUGCAGCUGAGAACACCCCCUGUGGGUGCCUGUGUUCUUGGUGGUGUUCUUGGUAGAGCUGUCUCGCAGAGUCCUCUCUCUAUCUCUCUAUCAGUUGUUACACAGCAGGUACUGUCAGUUUCUGGGGCCUUCUCUGUUUUAACAACACUGACACCUCCUGGAGAUAUGCUCAUACUACAGUUAGUCUUGUUUUUACAAUGACUUUAAACAGCAAAUGUGUGGCUUCAUACCACAUUUAACCUGGUCGCAUAAUCAGUCAGGAGGACAUGGGCUGAAAUCAUCUAGGGCAGUGGGGCAAGGGACCAAGCAUUCUGCCUAUUACGCAAUGUUAAGAGGACACUCCAAAAAAGUUGCAUACACAGUGGAUUUAUGUUUAUUACUAUAUUUAGAAAACAGCAGCUUUUAUGCAAAUCGCAUGAUUUCCACCACACCAUAGAGACUGGUUUGUGAAAAUAUUGUGUGGCAUUAAACCAGUCCGUGGGUGAAGAUCGAUGAUCUAAAGCACAUGUGUUGAACUCCGGGCCUCGAGGACCAGUGUCGCUGCUGGUUUUCCAGCUCUCUCUGCUGAUUACCUUGAUCAGUCAGUUGUCAGUUGGCUUUUUCAGCUUGUCAUUGACUGAACAUACCUGGUCAAGGUAAUCAGUAGGAGCUGGGGCGGGGAGAGGUGGAAAACCAGCAGGGCAGCGGCCCUCGUUGGCAUCACUUUGACACUCCUGAUUUAAAAGAAGUCCAACAUGACCGGAUAGUACUUGGCACUGAAACAUUAAGGUAAAACAUUAGCAAAAGAACAAAGCAGCUAUAUAUACUUCCACCUCUUGAGGAGUGCAGACGUGUUUUCUCUCUGCUCCCACUCUACUUUGCUUGCAGUGUCCUUGUCCUGUCUCUUCUGAGCACCCUGAUCUGCUAUUCUGGAAUAAUUUUUUUAUAAUUUUUUUUCUAUUUUUGAACAUGAAGCUAAUCAACUGGUCACUCAGCGCACUGGAUAAGGUUUUCUCACAAAGAAAAGUAUCUCUGGGAGAUUCACUCUUCCCCUCUGGGACUCUUGCCUCCGGCUACAUGCGAGACGGAUAGAAUUCCUGGUGCCCCAUGUGUCUGGAGCCACUGUCCAUCGAGGAUGUGGAGGAUCUAUUCAUAUUUUGGACUUUGAUAACAGGGCUAAUCAUAAUUGGCUUUGGCAGUGCCCUGCUUUAUCGGAAAUAUUGGAAAAUCUGCGUCCGGCUCAUUGGCAUGUCCACUGGCCGUGGUGUUGCAAACGCCCCUGGGGGCCAUGGUUACUCGGCUGAUGGAAUUACAUGAGAGGAUGGCCCGGAUUGAUGGUCUGACAAGUAACAUCUCAGUAAAUAAACCCUCCCCCCACACACACACACCUUACAGUCUCACCGUCUGCUCUCCGACCUUAUCUAUCUGUCCCAAUGUAUCUAAGAAAAAAUUCCAGCAAGGUUUCCACUUAUACUGUGUGCCUCUGUAUGUGCGAGUGUUUUUGUUUUGUAUUGUUUUGUACUGCAACUUGCUUCCACUGUCGGAUUCGGCACCGGUCAAGCUGGCUGCUGAUGAAAUUUCCCUGCUGUGGGACUAAUAAAGGCAUUCUACAUUCGACAUGUAGAUCCUGGUAGCUCAAUAGGUAGGGUGUUGGACCUUGGAGCAGCUGGCCUGUGGUUCCCAUACCUCCCCACUGUGAAUAUACUUUAUAAUAAUGUUUUUAUAAUUAUUACAGAAAGAUUCUUUGUCUUUCAUUUGGAUAUUUUGUAACUGCCCUUCUUUUGUUUUGGGCCACUGUCCUUAAAAACGUCUGCGCACAACCCUGGAUCUGGAUCUUUCUGAGAUCACAAACCUGCCUCAGUGAGCCCUUGUGGGCUGGGAAAAUUAUGUGUAUGCAGAAAAGCAUUUCCAUGUGAAGAACAUGCACCUAACACAUUUAUUUCUGUGGCCAAACUGUGGCCCCGCAGAGCUGCUAUGGAAGCUCAAACUGCUCUGGUAGCCACCGUCUGCUUUCUUACAUUAUUUCAUAGAUUCUUUGUUGGUGUAACAUAGUUAAAGUGUAUGCUGGUUAAAUCCAGCUAAAAGGGGCAAUUCGCCACCUGCUGGUAAAGUGUUGUAUUUAAUACCGAAUGUAUGUACAAGGGAUUAUGGGUAAUCUUCAGAAGCGCGAAGGAUUUCCCCAGAGUUGCUGAAUAAACCUGCUGUUACCAACAUCUAGAGCAGCUCCGAGUGGUCAUUCACAAAGAAAAGAAAAGAGACAGACAGAAGACAUGACAUCAGAGGUCACAUUGGCACAUCAAACACAGAUCACACCUUGCUCCAACCCUGCUGAGAUCCAGCUGCAGUCAUGACAACCAAAUCUAGCAGCAGUGUUCUGGGUGGGAAGGCAGCUUCCUCUCCCCUCUUGUCCUCUCCGCCACGCCAACGUCUCGUCACCAAGGACGGACACUGUGCGCUGCGCCCCCAACUGUGUCCCUCGGGCUUGUGGCACAGUACAUCGAGCAGAACCUGGAGGCUGGCUGUGCAGGAUCUGUGGGGGCUGGUGGUGGGUCUGCGCUGGAGAUGGGUGCUGCUGGCCUUCUGUGCCUCCUUCCUCACUCACUGGCUGCUGUUUGCCUGUCUGUGGUACUUACUGGCUCACCUCAAUGGCGAUUUGGCAGUGCAGGACCAUGACGCUCCCCCACAGGGCCACGUGGUCUGUGUGAAGCAUAUCACCAGCUUCACGGCCGCCUUCUCCUUCUCUCUGGAGACUCAGCUAACCAUUGGCUAUGGCACCAUGUUUCCCAGUGGGGACUGUCCCAGUGCCAUAGCUUUACUGGCUGUGCAGAUGCUGCUGGGACUCAUGCUGGAAGCAUUUAUCACAGGUGCGUUUGUAGCCAAGAUCGCACGUCCCCAGAAGCGAGCGGGAGCCAUUGAGUUUAGCCCCCAAGCCGUGGUGGGCCAGCACCAGGGACAGACGUGCCUCAUGCUACGAGCCACCAACCUCCUGCACCGGCCUUUGGUGGAUGUUAAGCUGAGUGCCGUCCUCUACGAAGAGCACGAAGGCCAAGCCCUGCACCAGACCUCUCUGGACUUUCGCCUGGACAGUCUGGGCCAGGAGCCCUGUCCGUUCUUCAUCUUCCCACUCACCUUUUUCCAUCCCUUGGACCGCCGGAGCCCCCUGUUCCCCGCACUGUGUGAGGGCACCUCCAACCACUUCGAGGUGGUGGUGUUCCUGUCGGCCCUGCAGGAGGGAACUGGCGACUCCUGUCAGAAGAGGACCUCUUACCUGCGCCAGGAAAUCCAGUUUGAGCGUCGGUUUGUGCCGGCCUUGGGCCUGGACGCCCAGGGGAGGUACAUGGUGAACAGCCAGCACUUUGACACAGCCCACUCCAAGGAGCCGUUGAACAAGGACUGUGUGGUGCAGAUCAACGGAGAUGGCAGCGAUAGGAUGGAGUAAGAUGGGGGAGAAUCAGAGAAAUACGGGGCAGGGAAGGGGCCAGGUAGUUUGUCAGAAGCUGCUUGAUUUGAGUAGUUGACUCUGCAUUUAACACUUGAAAAUACAUUUAAUUCCCCACUGGCUUCCUACUAACUCAUGCUCCCACCUUAUCGCUUUGAAUGCGUAACCAACCACCCUUUCCCAGAACUUACUGUAACUGUUAACUAUUGGGCUCGUUUUUGUGUGUGGCCAUCAAGGUCUAUUGAUGAUUUUAACCCAUAGCAACAUAUUCACUAACUCGCAGCUACGUCAUUAAAACUCACCUCAGUGGGGAGAAAAGCGCAGGAUGACUCACAAAAGGCCUCCUUCACAUUUGACAGCACUGCACCUUCAAGACAGGAGCUGCUCUGACGGAUUAGUGGGUGGUUGGGGGGUUACUGUGAAAGGGCAGGUCAUGAGCAGUGCUCUGUUAAAUACUUCAUAAGGAGCUGCAUUAAACAGAGCUGAAACAUAAGCAGGCGUUUUUAGUGUAAAGCUAUUCUUUUCUCUGAUUCACGCAUCUUGAAUCUUCUCAAUAUUUUCUCAAUACAAGCAGGUCCAGUAGCAAAUGUAUGUGAAUGUGAAACUUAAAGAUUAAUGAGGCCUUUACUAAUGUGUAAAGUGGGAUUUACUUCUGUUGCACAACUUCAGUAGUUCUGGAUUGUGUGUAUUAUGAGAGUAGACUCACCAACGCCUUCCUGAGCCUUGGCCACAUGUUCCCUAAGGACGUGAUGCAGACCAAAACCAGGGAACCAGAGGAAAUAUUUACACUAAUGAAGUUGAGACUAAUUAAAAAUGAAGGACCAUGCUGCUCUUAUUUGUGUCUAAGACCAUUGGGAUGUGCGUCAGCUCGUCCUCCUGUCCCAGUAUGUAAAUGUAGACAAACGUCAUCUUCAACUCAAAGCCUCAGUGUGUGUAUAUAUGUUUCUAUAUUCACACAAGAUGUUUUAUCUAUGAUUAAAUGAAGAAGUUCCUUUUUUAAAUGUCCACAGACAGGCCAAUGACUAAACUAAUGCUGGAAUCUGCACAUGCCUUAUGUUAUGUCCCAGUAGGUUUUACUGUGUCAUGCUGGUUUGGACAUGGACAGUUUGAUGAACAGAGUGGAAUAUACAGAGUCAGCAUUCACAUGUUUUGACCCAUCACUGCUGCAGCAUAUCAGGCCUGAGGCCUGACAAUGAGCUGAGGGAAGAUGGCUGCAUCCAAAUGUCUUCCAAAAAAUCACAUUCCUGAAAUGCUCACCUCACGUUGGUAUAAACCACGAUCAGUAACCACCAGUGAAAUGCUUUAUGAUUAGUGAUCGGUAGGUAGGGGGUGUUUUUCAAAUCUGACCUAAAGUCCACAUAACGUCGUCUGACAACCUCAUCGGGUUGCUAUACAAAGUAAAUACAAAUACAGUUCAGUAUUAGAAAUGUGCCAUUAGUAAACAGGUUGUUUGUGCACUGUGACAGGAGGUGAUAAAGAAGUGUGAGGAGGAACAGAACAAAAGUUGAUCUGUCCUGUACUUUGACCAUCAGGCCUUUAGACAUUUGGAAGCAACUAGUUCCAAUGUAACAAGGCUGCACAUGUUGGCUCAUCACCAAGGUAAUGCCCCAGUCUGGGCCAGUCCUUCAUCCUAAACCCAGCUCUAGGGGUAGGCCUGGAGGUGCACAGGGCAGUAAAGGUUACUGAUCAUCUUUGUGGCACAGCAGCAGAGCUGAUCACAAUAAUCCCUACAUAACCAGGUGGCUACGACUCCACUGUCAUGAUGAGCUCCGGUGGAUGUUCCCCAGUGGAACAAGGCCAUCAGAUGACUCCAUAGUGACUGAUGUCGACAGCUCAUUGAUUUAUAGAUUAGUGCCUUUAUUUUGAAAAGAAGAAUCAUUGUCUAAAUCAUUAUAAAAAGCAAAAAUUAACUUACUAUGUUGAGUAUGUGAAAUGAUAAAUUUCUCUAGAUUUAGCAGAGUCAGGAAGAAAUGUAGUAAAGGUGCAUCUGAAUUAUUGUCCCGUUAAAGGCUGUCAAUAUGAAGAGAAUCACUGUCUUAUCUAUGUGGUUUAAGCAAAAAAUCAUGUAACGAGAUGUUCCACUAAAUGUGAUUGUGAAGGAUGUAUCUCCCAUGCUUCAGUGCCUUUGUACAGUGUACAUUAAAUAAAUAUUUUCUAAACAA